GGAUGACCGAACGUCUCUGGUCGCAACCCUACCCCCACCCGAUCCCCAUCCCCCGACCUCCACCUCCACCCCCAAGCCUCCCUCCUCCUCUCCGUCUUUCUCCAUCUAUGGGGGAACAAACCCUCUCCCACCCCCACCUCUCCACCGCCGCCGCCGCUCAAGAAUCCCCCUCCCCUACCGCCGCCGCCGCCACCGCUACCAAGAUCCCCUUCCGCCCUCGAAAGAUCCGGAAGGUCUCAUCGGAGGGCGACGCCCAACAGGACUCCUCCUCCUCCCCCGUCCCCACCAAGAAGGCGGCCAACAGCCGCGCCCCCCUCCUCCGGGUCGUCCCCCGGCCGCUCUCCGCCGAGGGCGAGAUCGACGCCGCCCUCCGUCACCUCCGGGCGGCGGAUCCCCACCUCGCCCGCGUGAUCGACGUCCACGACCCUCCGAUCUUCCAGUGCCUCCACCCGCCCUUCCACUCCCUCGCCCGCAGCAUCCUCUACCAGCAGCUCGCCCUUAAGGCCGCCGCCUCCAUCUACGCCCGGUUCGUCGCCCUCUGCGGCAGCGAGGCCGGCGUCGUCCCCGAGGCCGUCCUCGCCCUCACCCCCCAUCAGCUCCGCCAGAUCGGCGUCUCCAGCCGCAAGGCCAGCUACCUCCAUGACCUCGCCCGCAAGUACCACGACGGCAUCCUCUCCGACGCCGCCAUCGUCUCCAUGGACGACCGCUCCCUCUUCGCCAUGUUGACCAUGGUCAAGGGCAUUGGCGCCUGGUCCGUCCACAUGUUCAUGAUCUUCUCCCUCCACCGUCCCGACGUCCUCCCCGUCGGCGACCUCGGCGUCCGGAAGGGUGUCCAAAUCCUCAAUGGCCUCGAGGAUAUCCCCCGGCCCUCCCAGAUGGAGCAGCUUUGUGAGCGCUGGCGGCCCUACCGCUCCGUCGGCGCCUGGUACAUGUGGCGCCUUCUGGAGAGCAGGGGCACCCCCACUAUGGCUUCCAUGGGCAGUGGAACUGGUAUGCCUAUCACUGGAGGAGGAGGAGGAGGAGGAGGACCAGGAGGAGGAGCUCCGCCCCAGCAGACUCAGCUCAUUGACCCUAUCCAGAUGCUCCCGAAUCUAGGGUGAAAGAAAGCUUCGCAUACUGGUACUCUGUUCAGAUCUUUGCUUAUACUUCUUCCACUUCACUGGAUGGAUUGCUGCCUAUUUCUAGUCUUCUGCUUUCUGUAAUGUGUUAUUUGUUGGAUGUCCUGUUGUAUUGAUAAUUAACUAGCGAACUUCCAACGCAUUGCUUUUGGACUCCUAUUUAUAGAAGAUAGAUUCGCAUUUCCUCUGCUUAUGUAGCUUCUAAAGAAAAAACAAUUUCUAAUAUAUAUGGCAGAGUUUGGUACUUGUUUCGUACA